AUAUAACCUAAAAAAAACGUAAAGCUAUGUUAAGUUAUUUUUUUCAAUAAAUUAAUAAAUCAACAUCUAAGCAUUAAGAUCUACAAUGUCAGCAGCGAAACGAGUACAGCAAUGGGCAACAUUUGCUCGUAGUUGGCACAUAUUCGACUGCAAAUGGCAAGAUCCUUACGAAUCUGCUCACGUUAUAAAAAAAUAUUUGAUGGGCAUGCACAAACCUAUAUACCAUCCUAUGAACGAUUGUGGAGAUGUUGUUGUUUGUAUAAAUAGUAGAGAGAUAGCUCUUCGAGGCGACGAGUGGAGGAAACGUGCUUAUUUCCACCACACUGGAUACCCUGGAGGUGCUUCGUGGACUUUAGCAUGGGAGUUACAUAACAAGGAUCCAACCAUGAUCAUAAAAAAAGCAGUGUACAGAGCAAUGACUGGAAACCUUCAGAGGCGUCAUACAAUGCAGCGUCUUUUUAUAUACCCUGGAGAGAAUGUCCCUGAAGACGUUUUGCAAAAUGUUACUAAUCAAAUUAGACAAAUACGUUACGUACCGAAAAGACUAGACCACAUACCCGAAGAAGAAGUGAAAAAUUAUCCCAAAGUCAUGGAAUACCCAGAAGAUUUUGUUGUUAAAUAAUUAUUGUAUUUAAAAGAUUUAGUGUGAUAAUAAAAUGUAGUACUGUAA